CCCGGCGCGCGCCGAGCCGCGCCCUUCGCCCUCUCUGCAGCCCCGGCGGGCUGCUCCGGGCGGCCUGAGGGGCGGCUCCUUCUGCGGCCUCCCCGGCGGGGGGGAUGUGAGGGGCCGCCCGCAGCUAUGGAGACGGGCCCGGCGCCCCUUGUGCCCCCGCCGCGCCGCCACGGCGCCCCCGCUGCCCCUUCGCCCCCGCCCCGGGGUUCCCGGGCCGAACCGGUCUUCGUGGUGGCACCGGGACCGCCAGUGACUACAGCCACUUCGGCCCCCGUCGACCUGGUGGCCCCCGGGGAGGCUCGGCCCGCCUGUGUCCCGGGAUCAUCACAGACCUCGGCCUCGACACCCACGACAGCUACCGGCAGCACGGUGGUGAUGCUGACCCUGGAGGCCUCACCCGAAGCCGCGAAGACGCAAGAGUUCCCCGCACCAGCGGCAGAGACCGAGACGUCGGUGGCCUUGGCUUUGGGGACAGACACUCCAAAGACGGAAGAGGCUCGAGCCUCUCCUGUCCCAGGACCGGGGACCCCCACUCGGACACCUUCCAGAACGGCGCCUGGAGCCCUGACUGCCAAACCCCCGCUUGCCCCCAAGCCGGGGACCACAGUGGCUUCAGGAGUGACUGCACGGGGUGGAGCAGGACAGGUGGCAGGUGGACAUGGAGCUGCGACAUCAGCAUCAGCAGGGCCGGUGCCUGAGGACCCCUCAGGGCCUGUCACAGGCCCCCCCGGGACGUGCGAGGCUCCGGCUCCGACUCCGGUGGCUGUGGUGACAGUGACCCCAGCUCCGGAGCCUGUUGAAAACUUUCAAGACCUGGGCUCCACGUCCAGUCUAGGACCUGGCAUCUCGGGGCCUCGGGGCCAGGCCCCAGACACCCUGAGCUACUUGGACUCCGUAAGCCUCAUGUCAGGGACCUUGGAGUCCUUGCCGGAUGAUGUGAGUUCCAUGGGUUCAGACUCGGAGAUAAAUGGGAUGGCCCUGCGCAAGACGGACAAGUAUGGUUUCCUUGGGGGCAGCCAGUACUCAGGCAGCCUAGAGAGCUCUAUUCCGGUGGAUGUGGCUCGCCAGCGGGAGCUCAAGUGGCUGGAGAUGUUCAGUAACUGGGAUAAGUGGCUGUCACGGCGUUUCCAGAAGGUAAAGCUGCGCUGCCGGAAAGGAAUCCCCUCCUCUCUGAGAGCCAAGGCCUGGCAGUACCUGUCUAAUAGCAAGGAACUCCUGGAGCAGAACCCGGGCAAGUUUGAGGAGCUGGAACGGGCCGCUGGGGACCCCAAGUGGCUGGACGUGAUUGAGAAGGACCUACAUCGCCAGUUCCCUUUCCAUGAGAUGUUUGCUGCUCGAGGCGGGCAUGGGCAACAGGACCUGUACCGAAUCCUGAAGGCCUAUACCAUCUACAGGCCUGACGAGGGCUACUGUCAGGCCCAGGCCCCAGUGGCUGCCGUGUUGCUAAUGCACAUGCCUGCUGAGCAAGCGUUUUGGUGCCUGGUACAGAUCUGCGACAAGUACCUCCCAGGUUACUACAGUGCAGGGCUGGAAGCCAUUCAGUUGGAUGGAGAAAUCUUUUUUGCACUCCUGCGCCGGGUCUCUCCGCUGGCACAUCGUCACCUUCGGCGGCAGCGCAUUGACCCUGUGCUCUACAUGACAGAGUGGUUCAUGUGCAUCUUUGCCCGCACCCUCCCCUGGGCUUCAGUGCUGCGUGUCUGGGACAUGUUUUUCUGUGAAGGCGUUAAGAUCAUCUUCCGAGUGGCUCUGGUCUUACUGCGACACACACUGGGUUCUGUGGAAAAGCUGCGCUCAUGUCAAGGCAUGUAUGAAACCAUGGAGCAGCUUCGAAACCUGCCACAACAGUGUAUGCAGGAGGACUUCCUGGUGCAUGAGGUAACCAACCUCCCAGUGACAGAAGCAUGGAUUGAGCGGGAGAACGCAGCCCAACUGAAGAAGUGGCGAGAAACUAGGGGAGAGCUGCAGUAUCGGCCCUCACGGCGACUACACGGCUCCCGAGCCAUCCAUGAGGAACGCAGGCGGCAGCAGCCACCCCUGGGCCCUUCCUCUAGCCUCCUCAGCCUCCCUAGUCUCAAGAGCAGAGGCUCCCGGGCAGUUGGAGGGGCUCCUUCCCCACCACCUCCUGUCCGCAGGGCCAGUGCUGGGCCCGUCCCUGGGGCUGUCGUCACUGCUGAGGGACUGCAUCCAUCCCUUCCUUCACCUACUGGCAACAGCACCCCACUAGGCACCAGCAAGGAGAUCAGGCGGCAGGAGAAAGAGCGGCAGAAACAGGAGAAAGAUCGAGAGAAGGAGCGGCAGAGACAAGAGAAGGAGCGGGAAAGGCAGGAGAAGGAGCGGCAGAAGUGGGAAAGAGAGCAAGAGAAGGAACAGCAGAAGCAGGAAAAGGAGCGGCAGAAGCUGGAGAAGAAAGGCCAAGGCCGGAAACUUUCCUUGCGUCGAAAGGCAGAUGGUCCCCCGGCAUCCCAUGAUGGUGGGGACAGGUCAGCGGCUGAGGCCCGGCAGGAUGCUUACUUCUGACCUCGGGUUGGGUCUGGGUGGCAUGGCCUCCUCCUUUCCCCUCAGCCAAGAGCAGCCCUGGCAGGGUGUUCUCCCAGCUCCCUUGGCAGGCUCUUCCUUUUUCUAAGGAAAGUGGCUUGAUUCCCCUGACUCCUUGCCAGCUGCUGAUCCCUACAUGGCCAGGACAGCCACAGUGCACGGGACAGCUACAUUACCUAGGGUAACAGUGACCAAGUCUGGAGACUCUUUUGUCCAGUUAGGCUCAGCUUGGGUCUCUGUCACACCUAUGAAAUCUUUCUGGGGUGCUGUCUUACACUCCGGUGGCUUCCCUUAGAUGGUGGAGCUAGGUUCCUUUUCCUGUCUUGGGGCCCUGCCUGUCACCCCACUGCCUACUGGGGGCCAAGGCUGUUUUCUCUCCUGGAUAUCCUUGUGUUGUAAUUAUGUACAGAAGGUCAGGUUGGCCUGGGGUGGGUGCUGUCCUUUCCCCUUUCCACAGCGCUUCUUCACUCCAGUUUAUUUAAGAGGAUAUGCUAGGAAGUGUCCUCCGUUUCCUUCCCACCCAUGUCCUGCUCUCUUUCCUAACUCACUUGCUUUGUAUGCUCAGGCCUCUCUGCUGCAGUCAGAAAGUCUGUCUUUGAUUUUGUUCUUUUCCAGCCGUCAAACCCCUCUCUGAUUAAGGGUCUUCCCUUGAGUCCAGGGGGUGGAACCCAAUGUUUACAUUCUCUUCUGUCUUGGUCCCACCCCACUGGCAGUUUUGUGGCGCUUUGAGGAACCGGAAAAUGAACCUGCUGUUAUAUCUGUC